AUGGCUAGUGAGGAGAGUUUCCUAGUUCUGGUACAUUACAGAGGGUCGAUUAAGAGAAAAACUCGGUCCGGCGUGAAGUUCACUGAUAAGGAUCCCCUAUGUAUUAUCGUGACGCCGACAACCACCUACGAUGCUCUUGUUAGCUCUGUGCUGGAGAAGCUUGGUCUUGAAGGAGUUAAAAGGGUCAAGAAGUUUUUCUACCGCAUUCCAACAGCGGUGCUCCAUGACACCGUGAAGUUUGAUUGUUUCACAAUCGGUAGUGACGAGGACUUGCAGGUUAUGUUUCUUUCUCGUAGGCAGUUUGAUGAUCCAGAUGACGAUGACGUGGAGCCGGAUAUGAUCGCUGAUGAAAGCGGCGAUGAUGUUGGAACUACUGUUCCGACAAGGGGUACAGGUGGAUCUAGUUUUGGCACACAGCAGUAUCCACCCCAUUUUUCCUCGUUGGACCUGGAUGCCAUGCGGCAGGACGAAAAUGCUCUGCAGCCCUCAGGAUUUGGCGCUAGAGAGACCGAGGGGUCUGCCGGUAUGAACGAGUUCCAAGUUGGCCAACAAUUUCAGGAUAAAGAUGAGGCGCUGUUGAGUGUGAAGACGUACAGUAUCCGCCGAGGGGUCCAGUACAAGGUCGUUAAGUCUGACUACCGCAGGUAUGUGGGAAAGUGUUCUGAGUUUGGGAAUGGGUGCACAUGGCUAAUUCGGUUGAGUCUCCGACAGCGGAAGGGUAUCUGGGAAGUGAAGCGAUACAACGGACCGCAUACAUGUCUUGCCAGCUCCAUCUCCAGCGAUCAUAGGAGUCUGGACUACCAUGUCAUAUCCACCUUCAUUAUGCCGAUGGUUAGGGCUGAUGCAGCUGUGAACAUCAAGGUGCUUCAAAAUGCCACGGCCGCACACUUUGGGUUCAGGCCUACGUACAGGAGGAUAUGGAUGGCGAAGCAGAAGGCCGUUGCCGUCAUAUAUGGGGACUGGGACGAGUCGUACAAUGAGCUCCCUCGGUGGGUUCUAGGAGUUCAGCUGACGAUGCCUGGCACUGUAGCCGUCCUCAGGACUUGCCCUGUUCGGGUUGGGGGACAGGUCGACGAGUCUCAGGUUUAUUUUCAUAGGCUGUUCUGGACUUUCCCCCCUUGUAUCCAGGCAUUCCGUCAUUGCAAGCCUUUGGUGAGUAUUGAUGGCACCCAUCUAUAUGGGAAGUAUGGGGGAACACUGCUAGUCGCCAAAACCUAG